AGUCUGUGAAAUAUCCAAAGAAAUUGUGUAAUAUCUCUGUGUGUAUUUAAAAUUUAAAUUUCAGCAAUAAGUAGUACAAAAUUAUUACAUAAAAUAUUGUAUUUUGAAGUAUAGAGAAAAAUUAUUAAUGCAAAAUGAAUAGUAUAGGUGAAGAGUGUACUGAAUUAAAGAAAAAAUAUGACGACUGUUUCAAUUCUUGGUUUUCUGAGCGAUUUCUUAAAGGCGAUCAUGACGACUCCGUAUGUGCCGGAAUAUUUAAGAUUUAUCAGGAAUGUGUAAAGAAAGCUAUGAAGCAGCAAAAUAUUGAUUUUAAGGACAUUGAUAAGGAUGUUUUAGGCACUGAAAACGAGUUUAAGGUACCACCAACUGAGGGCAGUAGUUGACAGAAUUGUGACUUGAUGUGUGUGUUUAAUCUAGUUACUUGCUGGAAUAUCUUUAAUUUUAAUGUUACUAAAGGUGCAAUUACCAAUUCUGUACAAUAGUAAAUAUACAAUUCUAUGUUAAUUAUAUUUAUGCAAAUAUUCACCUCUUAAAAACUAGAUAACUCAACUAGACAACUCAAUAGUAAAAUAAUUCUAACUUAUGAUAGUGGUUUGAUUGUGACAUACAAGAACUAUUACACAAUUGUCUAUCUUCCUUUUUUUAAUACUUUGUAAGCAUAUUUGGAAAAGUUAUCUUAUCUUGGUGACAAGAUUUGAAAGUAAGCAAGGUAUAACAACUAUUCAAUUUUGUGCAUUUAUCUAAAACAAUGAAUAAAUAUGUUCAAAGUUAUUUAUUAUUUGUAGAAAUGCAAUGUAUAGUUUUUAAAAUCCUGUAAUUUAAAAAGCAUAAUUAAAUUUGAGUACAUUUUAUACUAGUUAAAUAAAUCAUGACAUUAUUAAUGUUAAGCCAUUUUAUGAAUGAUUCAAGCAAAGUUCCAAUAGUAACUACAUAGAACUGUGAUGUUAUUAUUUAUGCAGUAAAUUAAUACUAUAAAUGUUUA